CUUAUCGCCGGCUCAAGUACCUACAAACAAAUCUCCCGAUUACCCCCCUAUCCGAUGCUCGCGACACCUCAAAAAGAACAAUGUACCAUCUAGCCAAAUCCCUCUACCUGCUGGCGCGCCGGCGCGAAGAAUACUCCGUGAUCCUCCUCGGUCUCGACAACGCCGGCAAGACCACAUUCCACGAGCAAGCGAAAUCGCUCUGCCUCCCCGAGCACCCGGACCCGAAACUUAAGACUGUACCUACGGUCGGGCAGAAUGUAUCUACACUCACCCUUCCCGACAUGUAUCUCAAAAUCUGGGACGUCGGGGGCCAGUUGAGUCUGCGCAAGUUAUGGCAGAGUUACUAUGCUAGCUGCCAUGCCAUCGUUUUUAUUAUCGAUAGCACCGACAUCGGCGAUGGUAACCUGGAGCAUGAUAGCUCGGGGCGGUUGGAGGAGUGUAGACUUGUGCUUGAGGAUGUGUUGCAGAAUUCGGAGACGGAAGGUGUGCCGUUGCUUAUACUGGCCAAUAAGCAGGAUCGCGAGGAUUGUGUUGAGGUUGUGCGCAUAAAGGAGGGUCUAGUCAAGAAGGUGUUUGAGGGCGAGAAGGCGUCGAGUAUUCGCGACUCGAGAGUACUGCCUGUGAGCGCGUUGACGGGAACGGGUGUGAGGGAAGCAAUUGACUGGGUGAGAUCAAGGGUAAAAUGGAAUAAGGAAUCAAGGCCACCAGUGAUGAGGUAGUAAGGAGAAAGGGUUCUACGUUACAUUAUGUUGAUUGGUUAUAAAGAGGGAUCGGGUUUGCAUUCAGCGUCAUGGACAAGGCGUUUGUGGGUUUGGGAGUCACGGUUCAAGUUUAAGUUCGAGUUCGAGUUCGAGUUCGA